AUGUCGACCACCAAACCCCCAACAAUAACAAUAAUCGGCGGCGGAAUAGGCGGCCUAACCCUAGCAGCCGGCCUCCACCUACGUAAAGUCCCAUUUCACCUCUACGAAGCAGCCCCAGCCUUCAAGGAAAUCGGCCUAGGAAUCUCCCUCGGCCCAGCAGCAUACCGCGCAAUGCCCCUAAUCCACCCUCAAAUCCAACAAAUCUACAACUCCCUCAUAACAACCCACGCAGACAGUCCCGGCUACGAAGAAUACCUGCAAACCUGGUUCGAGAUCGUCUGGGCAUCAGGCCCACAAGAAGGAGAUACAUUAAUGAAUCUAAAGGCCCUACCGUCUGGCCAGACCGCGCUUCGAAGAGCGGAUUUCCUCAACGCGCUUGUUGAGCUUGUCCUGACUGAAUUCGUGCAUUUUGGGAAGAGACUCAGCUCACUUGUUGAACGUGAUGGCGGGGUUAUGUUGAGGUUUGAGGAUGGGGAGGUUGUGAAUGCUGAUGUUGUUAUUGGAUGUGAUGGGAUUCGGUCGAAGGUUAAAGAGUCUAUGAUUCCAUUGGAAUCAUUGCAAACGAGACCGGUUUAUAGUGGUAUGUAUGGGUAUCGGGCUGUGCUUGAGAUGGAUGAGAUGGUUAAGGCUGUUGGGGAUAAGAGGGCGAGGGUUGCGACGAUUUACGUUGGACGAGGCGCUUAUGCAAUUUCGUAUCCCAUUAUGAGGGCAAAAUUGGUUAAUGUGGGGAUUUAUAUGUUGAGUGAUCAGCCUUGGGAAUAUGAUUCUUGGGUUAGGCCGGCGGAGAGGGAGGAUAUGGAGCGUGAUACGAGGGGUAUGGGGCGGUAUGUGAAGUCUCUUGUUGAGCAUAUGCCCGACCCAUCUCAAUGGGCUAUCUUCGAACAUCCACAUAUUUCAACCUAUGCCCGCUCCAGAAUUGCAAUUCUCGGCGAUGCAGCACAUGCUUCUACUCCGCAUCAGGGAGCUGGCGCCGGUCAGGCUAUUGAAGAUGCACAUGUUCUCGCAGAACUACUGAGCGAUUCCCGUGCCGGCUCUGUCGACGGUAUCGUUGCUGCUUUUAAGGCAUAUGAUGAUAUUCGUCGACCCAGGAGCCAGAAGGUUGUUACUAGCAGCAAGGAGAAUGCUGAUAUAUUCUGUCUGUGUUUUGAUGGGGUUCGUGAUGAUCCGAUGAAGCUUAAGGAAACGCUUGAUCAGCGUUUGAAGUGGCUUUGGGAUCUGGAUGUACAGGAUCAGGUUGAGCGUGCGAGGGAGAAAAUGGUUGAGUAUUUGGAUAUACAAGGAAUAGUUAAAGAUUGA